GAUGAACGUGUCGUUGGCCUGGGUGCAGCUUCUGAGGAAGUGCAACUCCAUAGCGUUCAGUACCCAGAAUUUGGUUGCAACCGGCUUGGAUAGAGUGCGCAAUGAUGUUUGCUUGAACAUCUACGAUCUUGGAAACCCCAAUGUUACCUCAACGACCGAGCCAUACAGGAAGUUAGCAAGUUCGGAAGCCAUUUCUAGCAUCAAGUUCUUUUCUGAACAGCCAGAAGUUCUGGUUGCAGGUGUAUCCAGGCAGUGUAUUCGCAUUUAUGAUUUACGAGACCCUGGUCCUUCGGGAGUCGCCCAAUAUCCCACACGACAAGUUCACAACAUUGCCAUCGAUCCAUUGGACGAGAAUUACCUCGUCUCUGCUGGGACAACAGGGGAUCCUACUGUCACAGUGUGGGAUCAACGUUUCGUUAGGCAACGGACUCCCAGUGAUCCAUCCAACCAUGCAGCUGUCCUGGAAUUUCGACCCAUUGUGGACAACAGCCAUUCUGCGGCCAUCUGGAGUUUACGGUACAGCGGGACGAAGCGUGGAUCCUUUGGUGUUCUGGCCAAUACUGGCGAGUUCAAAAUCAUCGAGACGGCACAGCAUUCGCACAAGCCGGACCCAUCUCAGAUGAUACCAGGAUCAAAUACCCAGAUACCAGCCUUAUCGUCGCCGCAUUAUACCAGGGUUUCCCACAAUCUUCGUUAUCCAUCAUAUAGUAAUGAGGAAAAAGCUGGAGAAAAGGCUCGUGUCGUAGCGUACGACUUCAUCACAGCAGGAGGCCCGUUCAGCGGACCCAGUGCAGUGACCCUGAAUGCAAACAAGGAGAUUGAAGCCUUCAAGAUCCCGCCGGUCGCGCCUCGAAUCAACGUAACAGCACUAGAAGAGAUAUUCAAGGGCAGAACAAUUAUCGAGAAACCGAGUCGACGACACGGCUCAGUAGCAGAGGACCUCAUAGACAUACAGAACAAGGCGCUUAGCGAAAAACUCAACGUCAGUCCUGACCCAAAGGACAGUCUUUCGGGAAGGCUGGACAGACUCACUAUCGACUUACCCCAUAGAAGCAUUCCUUUACAGUCAGCGACUCAAUCUAGCCACCAAAUGCACGAAAACAUCCUCACACAAGGGUACCCGGACGUGAAACUUUCCGUUAGCGACAACCUCCGAAUUUUCGAGACUCAGAAGCGACGGUGUCAAGAGGGUUAUAGCCUUGACUGCCGGAAGAAUAAAGAGAUAGUUGCGAACGACCCGUGGCUUGUGGAUGCAUGGAGCUUCGUUGAGCGAAUGGAUGCUCAUGCAUGGGCAGAUGGCAUGGUUGGCGGUGAUUUGGAGCUCAAGUACCUCGGUAUCACUUCUAUCUGGACCAACGAACUCACCAUGUAUGACCAGCGUCUUAUCGAUCCGGAUGCCAAGGUGUCAGAAGGUAUUUUUGUCGAGGCGGUCAAAGAGAUCUGUGAGACCAAGGAGUUUCCCCCAUUCUCCGGUAUCUCAACACAGUAUCCCCAUAACAGACAGCUUUGUCUUUCCCUUUGCGGGUGGAACUUGUCCAAAAUCGGCCUACGGGAGCGCUGUUCCAUGCUCGUCGAUGAAGGGCAAUACUACAAAGCCAUCGUCUUGGCUGUCUUCCAAGGCUACAAGGACGUUGCCCUGGAUCUACUGAAAGAGACUAUCCAGGCGAAACGCAUCGAGAACAUUGGGUUGGCAGCAGUUAUUGCGUGCGAUUCGGUCAACGAAGAGCAAAGACACCUUUGCGUAUGGAUGGCCGAUAUGACAGACGAUGCAUAUCUUAAAGGUCUACUAACAUACUUUAUAACGGGUGAUUGGAACAGCGUUGUGGUAAUGGAGGAGCUGUCUCUGACCGAUCGGGUUGGCGUCGCACUCAAAUAUCUCAACGACAACAAACUGUCCCACUUCCUCAGAAUGUGUACACAAGAAGCAAUCGCCUACGGCAACAUCGAAGGCUUACUGCUCACCGGCCUCACCAACCGUGCCAUGGACCUCUUCGAACACUACAUAGCCAAAUUCGGCGAUUUGCAAACCGCCGUACUGAUCCUAUCCCGCGCCUGUCCUCUAUACAUCCAAGACGCACGCUGGCCUCUCUGGAAAGAAAUCUACCUCAACCAGAUGCAAGUCUGGCGCACGUUUCUAGAGAGAACACACUACAUCAAAGAGCACAACCUCCGAAGCGUGGAGCGAGAAGGCAACAGCAUCAUCAAACCGUCGGCGCCUUCGCUGGCACUCAGCUGCAUGAACUGCCAGCAGAACCUCGCCCUCCGCAAAGACCCGCGCUCCGGCCGCCAACACCUCGUCCCCUUGCCGGGCCACCGCUCCCGCAACAAACUCACAUCCGGCCCGCAGCCUCGUCCCCACCCUCCAAAGGGCAUGACGUCCUCCCCUGCGCUCGCGUGUCCAAACUGCAACACCCCGAUGCCCAGGUGCGGGCUGUGCAUGAUGUGGCUGGGGUCCCCCGAUCCGAGUAAAGUCGGAGCAGCGCAGGCUCUGAAAGAGGAGGAUCUCGAAGCUAGGUUGAUUGUGUUUUGCAUGAAUUGCGCGCAUGGGUUUCAUGGGCACCAUGCUAGAGAUUGGUUUGCCAGGCAUGCCAUGUGUCCUGUACCGGAUUGCCAGUAA